GCUCUUUGACUUUUAUUGGAGUCUUGCUGUUUUGUCCACACACACGCACACAUAUCACGCAGUCGUUACUUGAACUUUUGAGAGGUCUGAUAAAUGUGGAGUUUGUUGAUUCGCGAAACACCAAACUGGUUAUAGUAAAAAAUGCCGGAGCGAAGCUCACCGAAGGUGAUCAGUCAAAGAUCAGUCACUGUAAAACAGCUUCGAACGCCCGUAUCAAGGCCAAAAACUAGAAGAAGUCCUUUGCGCAAGCGGCAAACGAAAACUAAAGAAGAAGACAUGGAUAAUUCUCAGCAAGAUAUUCGCAAGUACUUUCGCGUAAGAGGAAAGCGGAAAACUGCCUCGGAGUUGAAGAAAAUAGAGUCGGACAAGAUCGAAGAAGCAGUUUUGGCAAAGCAAGAGGAAGGAAUGGAGAUCUUCCACUGCGACGUCAAAGGUAGAGCGGUGCGCGCUGUGAGGCCUUUCAAGCGUGGCGAGUUCAUCUGUGAAUACUCCGGUGAGCUGCUGACGCACAAGCAGGGUAUUGAGCGAGAGAGGAUGUACAAUGAGCACCCCGAGCGCUACGGCAGCUACAUGUACUUUUUCCAGUUCAAGGAUGUCUCGUACUGUUUGGACUGUACCCAGGACAAUGGCCGCCUCGGUCGUCUGCUGAACCACAGCAGAAGAAACCAGAACGUCCAAACUCUUUCGAUCGGUGUGCAGGGUCGGGCGUGCCUUAUCUUCAAAGCGCUGCGUGACAUAGAGGUUGGUGAGGAGUUAUGUUACGACUAUGGCGACCGCAACCCACUUAACAUUGACCGUUUCCCCUGGUUAGCACAAUGAUCUGCUGUACAGCUGCAUUGUACCCGCUACUGGCUACUAAAACACCCGCACCCGCGCGUGUGUGCCAGCUGACUUUAUUAGUGAGUUCAUCUUUUGUGUAUUAGCUGUCCGCUUGAUCCUGUUUAGUGCUCGACAUCCUGCGUAUUGUGUUGUAGAUAAACGUGCUUUGUGGCAGACAUGCUUGUACAAUAGCUUUCCACUGACUUGAGAGGCUCACUGUACAUACGUGCCAGUGUCGCUGUACAUACGUGUGUCGAUCGACACACAUCUGCUGGCCGCCGCUGCUCUACGCCCGCUGUCGGCAAUGGCUACCACGAUGGUUGCAAUGGUGGCUUAUCCUCCUUGUGCGGCAGCAAGCAUCGGUGUGAGUCGCAGCACUGGCUUUGCCUGCUGGACCACCGCUUCAUGCGUAGCACCCACAUCUGCGUUGGGUUGUUUUGCGGUUUGGCGCUUACGCCCAUCCAUGUAGAUGGUGUAUAUAUAUUGUCUGUAUAUUGUCUACAGCAUUGGGUCUGUAUAUUAUUGUCUGUAUAAUAGUUGAUGUUGUCUGCCAUUUUGUUUGUCUCCUGUUUGUUUUUCCGUUGAUUGAUUUCGGCCAUAUCGCCGUGUCUUAUAUUGUUUCUCAGCUUAGCAUGCUGAUGAGCAUGCUGAUGAGUUUGCUAUCGAUUGCUCUUGCAAUGCACCUCUCCUGUGUAUCCUGUAUCGACCCUUUUAUUCAUUGUACUGUUUCCGGUUCUUCCAUUGGUUGUGACUUGCAUCGAGUAUCACAAACCCUGAUUAUUGUUGUCUCGUUGUUAUUUAUUCGACGUUUCUCGUUUCCUAUAAAGCACUGUCGUGUUGUCUGUGA